UAAAUAACGGCGUGGCUGUCACUGUCGCCUGUGAGAACCAUCACCACCCCUCUGGGAGAGGAUCCAAGCAGAGCAGAUUCCCAUGGGGCUGGCACAGUGCCUGGCAGCUGCCUUCCUCUUCCUCCUCCUGGGUCUGACUGCUGGCCAGCGGGUGGUGACUGUCCAGGAGGGACCCCUCUACCGCGUGAGGGGGUCCCACGUCACCCUGUGGUGCAAGGUGAGCGGCUACCAGGGCCCGGCUGAGCAGAACUUCCAGUGGUCCAUCUACCUGCCCUCGGCCCCCGAGCGGGAGGUGCAGAUCGUCAGCACCGUGGACCCCUCGUUCCCCUACGCCAUCUACACCCAGCGCGUGCGCGGGCGCGGCAUCUUCGUGGAGCGGCUGCAGGGGGACGCCGUGCUGCUGCACAUCACCGAGCUGCAGGACCGCGACGCCGGCCAGUACGAGUGCCACACGCCCAACACCGACGAGAGGUACUUCGGCAGCUACAGCGCCAAGACCAACCUCACGGUGAUUCCAGACACACUCUCUGCUUCCAUGGCACCCCAGGCCCUCAGUCACAUGGAAGGGGAUGCGGUGGAGCUGACCUGUGAGGUGUCCAAGUCCACUGCCCAGCACACCCAUCUCUCAGUUGGCUGGUACCUUCUUCAGGGAGCAGGAGAGCACCGUGCCAAGGAGAUCCUCACCCUCUCCAAGGACUUCAUCCUGAAGCCAGGGCCCUCUUUUGAGCAGAGGUUUCUGGAGGGGGAUGUGCAGCUGAACAAGGUUGGGAACACCACGUACAAGCUCAUCAUCAGGGAAGUGAAGCCAUCUGACCAGGGGCAGCUGUACUGUGAGGCAGCUGAGUGGAUUGAGGAUCCUGACAAGACAUGGAAGGACAUCUCCCGCAGUCAGACAGAGAGGACUCGGCUGGCAGUUUUGGGCCAGGGCAGUGACUUCUCCGUGGACAUCACUGCUGCUGAACCCUCCCUUUCCGAAGGGGACACCUUGCAGCUCACUUGUGUGCUGGGAGCCCCAAAGAACAGCAACUUUAAAGUGAUCUGGCUCCUCAAUGACAUGGAAGUGGCCAGGGUUGACCCCCAUGGGGUAUUGAUUUGGAAGGAAGAAUACGAUGAGAGAGCCAAGCUGGGACAGCUCCGAGCAUUCAAGCCAAGCAACACAAUUUAUGUCCUCACCAUCUCUGAGGUGGGGCUGAAGGACAAGGGUACAUAUCAGUGCUCUGUGUCAGAAAUGAAGUCUCCUGGGGACUUGCACAGCAUCCAGACCGUUGUGUCAUCAGGCAUACAAGUCGACGUGAAGCCAAUAGAGAGCCGCAUGCGCCUGGCCGUGUCCACCAGCACUCCCCGGGUGACGGCGGGAGAGCCCCUGGUCCUGCGCUGUGAGGUGCAGGGUGCCACCGGCCCCGUGUCCCUGCGGUGGUGGCACCUGCCGCCGCGGCUCCCGGGGCACAGGGUGCUGGUGGCCACCAUGGAGCAGGAUGGCAGCCUGAGCCUGGGCAGCGCCUACCAGGACGGGAGCGCUCGGGGGAGCCUUUGGCUGCGGAAGGAGAGCUCCGGCACGUUCACCCUGGUGAUCCCCAGCACGCUCGAGGAUGACGGAGGGCAGUACAGGUGCGAAGCAACGCAGUGGUCCCGAGGCCAGAGCUGGACAGGGAAGGGGGAGGCAGCAGUGACGGUCAGCUCCAUGGGUCUCGGUCUGCACGCCACGCUGAGAAGCCGAACUGCCUCCGUCAGUUACGGGCAGAGUUUUGAGCUCUUCUGCCAAGUAGAUGCCAGCUACGCCCUGGAGGAGGUGCCGCUGUCUGUGCGGUGGCUUUUCCAGCCCAGCCCACCCACGGGUCCCUCACACGAGCUGGUCCAGGUCUUUCCCAAUGGCACUGUGCUCUGGGGGCCAGCACAGCCACACUUCCAGGGGAAAGCCCAGCUGGUGAAGACUGGCACCUCCUUCAGGCUGCACAUCCACGGUGCCCUGCCUGCCAAUGAGGGGACGUACCAGUGUGAGGUGGAGGUCUGGAGGAGGAACAUCCUGCCCCUGGGACAGUCAGCAGCCAGCACCAGCUCCAAUGCCGUGGGAAUAAAAGUGAUGCUGCCAGAAAGCAAGCUGCAGGUUGCUACGACAGACAGCUCUGUGGAAAUUGCCAACGGUAACGCAGCCAUCGAGUGCAGGAUUGUGUUUGCCCAGAAUAAUUCACAGUUUGCUGUUACCUGGUACCUCCUGCCUCCUCUGGCAGGUGCAACACCCCUGCAAAUCCUCAGGGCCAACUACAGUGGCAUACUGGAAUACGGGUCUGAAUUCAGCUCUUCUGCACAGAAGUCCCGGUUCCUGAGCCACAGGGUGUCCAGCAACAUAUUCCAGCUGCAGAUUCUGUCUGCAAACCUUGGGGACCGGGGCAGGUACUACUGUGUGGUAGAGGAAUGGCUCUGGCUGGUGGAUGGCUGGUACAAGCUUGGAGAGGGAACAUCGGGAAGGACCACGCUGAACUUCAAACUCUCAGAGCGCGAGCUGCAGAUGGACAAAAGCAACCACAGCCUCUCUGCGAGGGAGGGCGAGGAGGCGACGCUGCCCUGCCGGCUGCAGGGUGCUCCCCUGCCCGGCUCACAGCUCUCGGCCACCUGGUUCCAGGUGACGAGCAGUGGCCGUGACAGCGCCCUGCUGGCCCUGCAGCCCGACGGCACCGUGGAGUACCCCGAGGAGCGCCUGGCAGCCCGGCUGUACCUCCGCCGCCGCUCCGCUGGCGACUUCGGCCUGACGCUGAGCAGCGUGGAGAGGGGAGAUGCCGGGGCCUAUUACUGCCAGCUGCAGGAAUGGCAGCAGCAGAGCGAGGGGAAGGACUGGGCUGUGCAAGCCUUGGCAUGCUCAGGGUACACCCAGCUCACCACCGUGCCUCCAGAGUCGACUGUUCUAUCUAGGAUCUGCUCAUCCCCACCACUGCUGAACUUCAUCUUAUUCUUACCACUGGUUCUGAUCCUUCUCCUGGCCCUUGCUCUCUUCUGCUGGUACUGCAAAUUCAGGAAAAACAAGAAGGGCAACAUCACAGGGUGGAUGAUGGAACUGGAAGGGAAUGAAGAGGCCAAGAAAACUUAG